AACAGCAAUGCAGGUUAUUCUUCGCGGGAGGGAGUCGAGGUCGAGGGUUGACAGGUUUAGGAGGUUGGAGUAAGGUUCUUUUCAAGACGUUCGGAGGUGCUGAACGUCCUCCAACAUGUCGGGCGGUUUCUUCAGGGGGACGUCCGCGGACCAGGACACCCGUUUUUCAAACAAAAUGUCGAAACUCUUGAAAACACAGAAGUUUGCUCCUGAGCUGGAUGUCCUCAUUGAAAUGGCCAAAGUGAAAAUGGACGUCAUACGGCCAUGGAUUGCAACGAGAGUUACAGAACUUUUGGGUUUUGAGGACGAGGUUCUAAUCAAUUUCAUCUACGGUUUGUUGGAUGUCAAGGAAGCUGAUGGCAAGCAUCUCCAGAUCCAGCUCACAGGUUUUAUGGAAAAGAAUACCGGUCGGUUUAUGAAGGAAUUGUGGAGUCUCCUAACGAGUGCGCAGAACAACAUCAGUGGUAUUCCUCAGCAAUUUUUAGAUGCCAAGGCCGAGGAGGCGAAGAAAAAGAAAGAUGAGAAGGAGCGUAUUCUGUCUGAAGUUCAACGUAAGAAAGAAGAGCAGGAGAAAGAUGCAGAAGAACGGAAGGAACAGGAACGAUUGCGAAAGCUUAGCGCGCCUCAAGAGUCCACGAAACGUACAAGUGUUUCACCUGGCAGGCGUGGUGGUGAAGAAGGUGGUGGUCAUGGAGGCAGGAACGGGAGGAGUCUGCGGAGGUCGUCGGCAUCACCGCGUGGAUCUGGAUCCUCUUCUUCGAGUCCUUCUCGGGCUUCUCCUCCUCCUGUAAGGAGACGACGCUCAAGAAGCUUAUCCAGGUCACCUCGGAGAAGACGGCGAUCUGGUUCUCCAUUUAGGCGUCGAUCGCCCUUGCCGCCACGGUCACCUCCAAGGCGCAGACGCUCCCCGCUCUACUCACGUUCCCCUCCAAGGCGGAGAAAGAGUCCUCCACCAAGAUCGCCACCACGACAUCGCAGUAGAACACCACCUCGAGUUAGGAGAAGGUCUCCUGUCAAUAUACUUUCACCUCCCCGUCGUCAUCUGGGAGGCCCCAGGUCUCCUCGUGUAAGGAGAAGGUCCCCAAGCGCCUCUGUUUCACCUCCACUACCACGCCGAAGUCCUAGCAGGAGUCCCUAUUCCAGAGGGAGGAGUGUCAGCAGAGAUCGUGCUGGUCGCCGAAGCAGGAGUCCUUUUCAUAGGCGGAAGAGUCCAACCAGACAUCGAGGAUCUCGUGUGAGCAGGAGUCCUUUCCAAAGACGGAGAAGUCCAAGUCGGGAAUUAGGAGGCCCAGCCAACCGGAGUCCUUACAGAAAAAGAAGAAGCUCAAGUCGGGACUUUGGAGGAGGUCGCCGGAAUGGCUAUGAUGCAAGGGAUCGUGAACGCCCUACUCGUGAUGGGGAAAGGCCGGAGCGGAGAAACGACCGUGCUGAUAAGCGAGAUAACGUCGAGCAGCGACCACAAUUCUAUCGUGAACAAGAACGUUUGGCUUCAAGGGACGGGCAUGAUAGCCGGCCAUCGGAAUCAAUUGUCACUGGAAGUAUCGAUCAUGAUGAAGAAGCUGUGUUAGAGCAAGCGAAACGAGAGAGAACUGAUAUCCAAGAUGUAGAAGCUACCCGAACUGCCAGUAAGAUUGCUUCAGGCGUUCGUGUAGAAUCUGAUAGUGCUGUAGGUAUUGAUGAAGUUAAGGAGCCGGGAGACAGGAAAGAGUCGGUGGCAGGACCAGCUGUGGAAUCAGAGGAUGAGGAUCAAGAACCUGCUCCUAGACCUCAGAAAAGUACAAGUGGAAAAGAUGCUGUCGAUGCGGGAGAUGACGAAGAAGGCAGUGAAUCUCCUGGAAGUAGUGAAGAGAGGCACGAAGCUAAAAGGCGGCGAAAAGAAGAGAAGCGUCUUCGUAAGGAGGAAAAGCGUAGAAGGCGAGAGGAGAAGCACAGGAGGAAGGGAGAGAAGCGUGCUGCUAAAAGUGUGAAAGUAGGUGUUGAUGCGGACGACGACAAUGGAGUUUUGGAUGGUAGACUGCAGAAAGAAAGUGAUGAUCAUCAUGGUUCAAGAGAGGUUUUUGGUCCGAGGGAGGUUCAUAGAAGGAAGAAUGAAGAAACGGAGGACGAGCAAAAGCGACUUGAAAAGGAGCUGAGAAAUAAAGCCCUCGAGUCCUUGAGGGCAAAGAAGGGAAUUUCAUGCUGACCUUGCCGACUGCGCAUGUGGAUCGGAUCUAAAUGCCAGGCCAGGCAGUUGUUGUCCACCUCUAAGUCUGCUCUUGACAGGCUGCUUCCAUAGAGAUGUUAGAGUAACGCAUUUCUGUAGAGGUUUGUGAAUACAUAACCGUUCGCAGGAGAGAAGCAAGAUUUGAAGAAGUAGACCUGUGUUUUGUGCCUUCGUUUUUACGUUCUGUCCAUGCUGGGCGGCAGGACUUGAUCAUUUCGCAGCAGGAUCGAAUGGACGACUUAAAAGAUCUCGUUCCAGAUGUAAACUGACAGCCUUUCUGGGUCCACCUUGCCGCCUGGUGGCUCCUCUAGCUGACAACACUUCUGAGCGGAUUUAGGUUCAAGUUCAGCUUUCACUUGUUCCCCAGUCAAGGUGAUUCUUUCAUCGCAUCCGAACACGUCGUCCAGAAAAUUGUCAUAAUGCUUCUCUGUUUGGGCACUUUAGAAUCUUGAAAGGAAGAUCAUUGCAAUUCUGAGCUGUGCAAGGGUGUAGUGAUGAGUGGCACCUUCUUGACAGCUUUGGAAUUAAGUGUGGAGAUACCGGGCUAUGCUUGUUAUGGCGUGGAAAUCUGUAGAUAGGGCUGACAAGUUAAUCAUGCUGAGGCCUCCACAGGACUUAUCUAUCUAGGUGAAGUAUAGGAUAUUUGAAGUCCAUUGUGCAAGGUCUAAGACCUUACCAGAAAGAAAUCAAACGUGGGAAGGUUGGAUGCAGUGA